CACGGAAGUCAAUAGCACAACAAUGGUGAAAUAAUUUUGACAGCAGAUUAUAGUGUGAGGGUUUGAGCGUUAUCAGUACUACAUAUACACAAAUGUACAAGUAGUUCCAAUUCUUACACGAUUAAGAAUCAACGGACAAUGGAGUCUGAACAUGCUGAAGUAGAUCAAAAUACAAAUAACUCCAACAGAGACAAGGCUUCCAAUGAUGCAGAUCCCUUAGUAUUUCAAACACCAAACAGUAAUGAAAACAAUUUUACUCCACAUUUAAAUCUACGACAUCAUGAUCAAUUAGCAACUCCUUUUGGUGACCCGGGAACAGAAGUUAGAAUUCCCGUGAAUUCUGAAGCUCCUGGUCAUACUCAAGCAUAUAGCAUGUCUAACAUUUCAAACCAUCAGCAAUAUAAACUUCAAGGAGCAAGACCUAAGGACCUUCCUAAUAAACUACAGAGGCCUAAAGACUCCUCAGUGAAAAACAACUUAGCGAAAGAUGUUAAAAUCAGUAAAUCUGUUAAUCCUUCAACAGAAGAACAUGAACUUCGAAAGAAUGAGAAAUUAAAGCAAAGGGAUUCAUCAGGAAGUCAAUUUGUCACAAGCCAACAACGAGAAAAGGAUAUCAAUGUCAACAAUGAAGUAUUGGUAAGACUUAAAGACAAACAGAUUGACAAAACAAUUGUGAAAUUAGUUUGUGCUUGCCUUAACAUAAGGGACAGUCAAACAAGAACAUUGAAAUUACGAAAUAAACAUUGCAAAACAGCCAAAUCGAAGGAUCUUGAUGAUUGGUAUGACAGAGUGGAGAAGAAAAUGAAAGAAGUCUUUUUCAGCCACAUAACUGAUUAUGUUCAACUGAAAGGAGAUUGUGAAUCAGAAGUGUUAGAGCUCUCUGUUAAACCUGCACCCAAUUUAUGUACACUUGAUAUGUAUUCAUAUUUUCCAGCAGUGUCAUCUGCUGAUCAAGCAAAAUAUACCAAAGCCGUGGAAAUUUUAAGACAAGAAGGACCACCUGGUCCAUUACCAAUUAUACAAAAUCGAACAUACAAACUAAAUCAUGAAGUAAGAGGCUUAAGAAACGAAAAUAUAGACACUCAAUUUAAGCAGAUAACCGGAAAGGAUGUUCCAAAUACGUUAGCAAAUAUGUGUUCCCAUUACAUUUCCGCAUUUGGAAAUUACAAAGGGGGUGUUGUUUAUUAUGGUAUUGAAGACACAAAUGGAAAAGUUUUUGGCAUUGACUUAUCAAAGUGUAAACCUGAAGAUAUUGAAGAAGCACUUGAAACAAAAAUUGGAGGAAUGAUUUGCGGAAAAUCUACCACAAAACUAACAAGAAAAACACAUUGGGAUAUUCAAUAUUUUGAAAUUGAGGAAGAUGGAGAAGAGAGCACUAUUAUGGUAAGAAUUUUAGGUUCAAUUAUUAUCUAAAUGCAAGGCCAUCUUUUGAAGUAAAACAUAUUGAUAUUGAAGAACUAGAAAAAAAAUCUAAUCGAACACACCAGGAAAAUUAAUGAAUGAAUACGCCGACUUGCGCUUCAUCUACAUUAAACUUAACAGAGGACAAAACCAAAAACAAAGUUGUAGAUAGAUAUAAGAGGAUGUGGCAUGAGUGCCAAUGAGACAACUCUCCAUUCAUAAAAGUAAACUAAUAUAGGUCAAAGUACGGUCUUCAACACGGGCAUAUUCAACGAGAACGUAUUAAUGUAUUAUGAAUUUUAACCCUGUUUGUACUAGAAUGACAAUUUGGACCGGAUUUUAAACGUGCUAGUUCACAAGGUAACAGUCCACAGGAAGACAUGCAGAGCAUUGAAAACCAAACAUCACGAAAAGUUGUGCCAAAUACGCUAGAGCCAUCUACAUCUAAGGGUAGAAAACCCUAAGUGAUUCAAAAAAAUCAAAAAUUCAAAAACUGUAAAUUAACAGAAUAUUACCAUAUCUAAGUUAUGUCAUGUAAACACAAAAGUGCUGACUGAUGGGCUGGUGAUUCCCCUCAGAAACAACGGAAUGUCCACCAGCACUGACAUCGACCCAGUAGUUAUAAACCGUAUCAGUUAAGCCAGACUUAACAUAUGGAACGCCAGAUGCGUGCGAAUUAAAAAUAGAAAGUUGACGAGCAUCGGAAUUUGUUUUAAAAAUCAGAAAAACUGUGCCAAAUACGGCCAAGGCUAUCUAUGCGAAGAGACUAACUUGAUUAAGGAUGUUCGCCACUCAGUUUCAAAAUAGCAAUCUUUUUAAAGGACUGUUAUAAGUUGAUAGUAUAUAAAUAAAGAAACUAAAAAAGCAGAAAUAAAUGAAGGGUCUGCAGUGUGCUUGUUUUCGAGAUAUAAGCCGUUGAAAAUUUGGCGGGAAAUAAUUCUCUCUAGAUUUUUCGUACAUUUAACGUUACCACCUGUUUUCUUUCAAAAACGAUGAAAAAAUAACAAUGAUUUUAUAAGAUUUUCAAAUAUGGCUUUUUGAACUAUAUGUAAUAAAAUUAUGAAAAGAAAAGUAGGGGUUAGUGGACAAAAUUUCUUAAUGGAAAAACAUGGAUUAAACCAGAGGAUUACGAAUAUAUGGUAAAAAUUCAAAAACAAGAGGAGCGAACAUCCUUUAAUAUACCAACAAAUGAACAUAUCAAUGAUGAGUGAGAAAAAAGUCAACAAAGUAGAUAAGUCAACUACAUGUAUUUGAUUUGAUAUAAUUUGUCCUUUCUUUAAAGAUGUAUUUGAAUCGAUUGAUAAAAGAAAUAAAACAUUUUUGCAUGUCCUGUAAAUUUAUUAUUACUAUUGACCAAAAAUUGCAUAAAGUAUUGUCUCAUGUGUAGUUAAUUUUAUAUAUGUCAAUAAGAGUAAUAUUUGUUACUUAUUUGUUUUUCUUAUUGCCUGUAUCUUCGUAUAAGCAAAACAGGAAAAUAAUAGCAGUAAAAGUGAGUAGAAUACCUGGUGGAGUAUUCACUGCAGUCCCUGAAUCUUAUUACGUUGAUGAUCAUGGGAAUGUGCAGCAGUAUAAAGACUUUGACGAAUGGAGAUCUCAAAUGUUAACAUCUUAUAUUGAUUCCCCAGCAACUAAGGGAGAUACACACCAGCUUGAAGAAAACCUACACAGUAUAUCUGAUAAGAUUGAAGACCUGCGACUCAACUCAAUUCAGAAACGGGAAACUAGUGAUAAUUCUAUAGUAAACAAUUCCAUUGUACUAGGCAGAACUUUAGUUGGUGAAAUGUCUAGCAAUAUUGAAGAAUGGCAUUUAGUUUCAGUAGAGAAUUAUAUCUAUACCGAAAGAUAUUAUCAGAAAUUAAAAAAAUGUAUGAAUAUGGAAACGAAAAGAUGUGUCAUUCUAAAAGGUUUGAUAGGAACAGGGAAAUCCGAACUUGCUCUACAGUACUGCUAUAAUGUCAGGAAACGCAAUUCUACCAUCGUCGUUUAUAAGUUACGAUGUACAGAUACAAAUAUGUUUGAAAAAUCAUUGCGUGAGCUUUGCAAAUGCCUCCCUAACAUUAAUACAAUUGAAGAAGAAGAAUCUCAAAAAGAAACGCUUAACAAACUAGAAGAUGCCAUAAUAAGGGAGAUCAAGGAUAGAGAAGGAUAUCAGUUUUUGCUUCUAGAUGAUGUGAAGCCAAAUUCUAAACAUGCUGUGAAUGGCUUUUUACAGAAAUGUAAACGUGUUGUAAACAUUAAGCUAAUUGUGACAACAUCAGUGUCGUUAGAAUUAGAUGCAUUCACAGAAGUAGUAGAGGUCGAUGGAUUUUCGGAAGCUGAAGCAGUAGAAUUUCUGUCAAAUUUUCGAAGUGUCCAAAACGAAGAUAAAAAGUAUUACUUACAGCUUGCCAAGAAGUUUAGCUGUAAUCCGAAAGGGUUGCAUAUUGCAAGAUCAUAUAUGAGUCAAGCAGGUUUGUCAGCAAAAGCUCUUACAAAAAAGCUUAAUUUUCCUCUGGAUAUGCUAAAACUUGAAAAAACAAUAGCCGUAAAUGAAACUUUUGACGAAACACUUUUUAGUUCUCUAGUUAGCAUAAUAAGGGAUAUGCACAUGAAAUACAAACAAGAAGGAAAACAGCAUAUAUUUGAAAUGUUACUCUUACUACAAUUUCUUGAAGCCGAAAAUAUACCUGUAGUUCUGUUCACAAAAACAUCAUACGAAGCAUCGGAUUUCUGCAUUGACGACCUUAUUUAUGAAAUUAAGAAUUCGUCAUUCGGAACAAUAGAUGAUCAUGAUGAUAACAGAAAAAUUAGCACUCAUGAUUUAGUGAAAUCAGCCUUAGAGAUAUAUAUGACCGAAAUGGAGGCUGAAGUUCUAUUAACGAAUGAGAAGCUCUUGAAAAAGCUGUUAAGAGCUUUCUUUUUGUUGAUGGACAAAGACAAUAAGCAUAAGUCAGAUCUUCAGCGUCACACUUUACUUGUACCUCAUGCACGUGCCGUUUUGGAAAAACUUAAAGCAGAAAUGAAGGGGAAACUAGAAGGUGCACCAUUUAAAAACGUAGAUCACAUCUUACAAGUUAUAUACUUAAAAGAUAUAAUAGGAUACACAUACAGCUUUAAUGAAAUGUUCAGCGAAGCCAGUGAAUAUUUCGAAGAUGCAAAAAAGGACUUGUUUAAACUACUAAACGUAGAAAAAACAUUUCAAGUGGACAUUGAAAAGUUAGUCAAAGCUGAUUGCGAUAUCUUUCACCAAGAAAGUUUAGUUUGUGAAAAAACUAAAGAACUCUUUUCAACAAUUGUUGAUUUUAUCAACAAUGCAAAGCAACUGCCUUCCGUUAAAAAAGUCAGUGAGGAAUAUGUGAUCAAUAAAUAUCGGAAUGCACAGGAUGCAGAAGUACUGUCAAGAUUACUUAAAAAACAGGAACUAGCAGAAACCACUCAUUUGAUCAAAGAUGAGUAUGUUCAGUUGUCACACAGAGGAUAUGCAGUACCAUUAGAAGGACUAAGUAAAGAAUUUUUGUUUGAACUCAUAAUUUCUGUUUUACAUACAUAUGGCAGAAGACUCUUUUACCUUCCAGAUGAUAGAGAUAUACAAACGGCAAAAAUAUUUUUCUCAUAUUUGUCUGUUGCCAAUGAAUUGUCAAAAAUGAAAUAUAUCAGUGAGAAUCAUUUGAGUUUUGGUUCUGAGCAAGGAAAAAGUGACAUAGAUAGGCUGUCUUCCGUCCUAACAGAGAGGAGUAAAAUUCAGUCUGUUUUAGACUUUUUAUGUAAUGAAAGAGAAGUAGAUGCUUCUACUUUGAAUGAUUACAUUUCAAUUUGUAAAAGUAGGCUUACAGAAAGAGUAAACUACUAUGAAUUUGGUGUUUUGAAAGUUUUGCAUGAUAAAAGCGAUCAUUUCACUGCCAUAUGGGUCCGGCUGAUACUUGGAUGUUACAUCAAUUUGAUAAAAAUCGAGAAAACUGACAAAGUACGUUACGAAGCAUUAAAGUGGGGUAAAGAUCUUUCUGUGAUGAUGAAAAGUAUGGAGGACAAUACUUGCUACCCCAGCCUUGUAUGCUCACUGGGCGAUCUUUAUUUUGCCACAGGUCAAAUAUUGAAGUCAGAAAAGUGUUUUGAAGAAAUAAUUCCAAAAUAUGCCAAAGUAGAGGAUAUAAGUCAGACUUCCGAGAUCUCUUUGAAAUGGUUUGAACGGGAGGCGUGCGUUUCCUAUAUCAGAUGUCGAAUGAGUAGGUCAUGCGAUAAGGAGCAAAAUUUUGAUGCAUAUACGUUACAAAGAUUGGAAGCUUAUAAAUUGCUUUUGCAAAGAUAUGAAAUUGAGCUUAAAAAUUUGGAAGAAAUGGAAGUCCAACUCAAAGGAAGGUUACACGGUGUAUGUAGCGACCAGUAACUAUGUAUGCCUUUAAAUCAGGAAUGCAGACAGAUGUCAUGCAGUUAUGCUAAUUAAAUAUAAAAAGGUUUCCGAUGUACUGCAACCCCAAUGGCAAAAUUUUGCACAAUUCUCUUUUCCUCAUUUGUUUUGUCCUGGAAUUCCUCCUAAAUUACCGCCUCGGUGGUCUCGUGGAAGCGUGUUCGACUCGAGUGCUAGAGGUCGUGGAUUCGAACCCCGGCCGUGUCAAACCAAAGACUUUAAAAUUCGUAUUUACUGCUUUUCCACUAAUCACGCGGCAUUAAGGAGUCAGAGCAAAGAUUGGUCGGCUCUGAGUCAGAAUUAGUGUCCGGGUAAGGUGACAUGUCUUCCUGUGGACUGUUACCUUGUGAACUAGCACGUUAAAUAUCCUACUCAGCGUGUCGGUCUAGUACAUAGCAGGGUUAGUAUUCAUAUUACAUUAUAAAAUUGAGAUUGGAAAUGGGGAAUAUGUCAAGGAGACAACAACCAGACCAAAGAGCAGAAAACAGCCGAAGGCCACCAAUGCGUUUUCAACACUGCCAGAAAAUCCCGCACCCGGAGGCAGGCUUCAGCUGUCCCUUAAAUAAAACUGUGUACUAGUUCUGUGAAAAUGGACGUCAUACUAAACUCCAAAACAUAUAAAUGAACUAAGAUUAAAAACAUAGAAGACUUACCAAUGCCUUUAACAUGUUCUCGUCCUGAAUAUGCAUUUCAAUUUGCAAUUGAACGUUAUGUAGCCAUCAUCAUCAUCAUCAUCAUCAUCAUCAUCAUCAUCAUCAUCAUCAUCAUCAUCAUCAUCAUCAUCAUCAUCAUCCAAAAAGAUAGAAGUUUGGAUUCGUUACUAAAUAUCUAAAGCAUGUAAUUAUAAUGCAUGCUAUUCACGAUAUAAGAUAUUUAUUUCGUUAGAACAAUAGUUCAGGACAUAGCUAUCUAUGUUGCUGCUGUAAUGAUAUAAUAUUAUAUGUAGAUAUUUGUUUCUUAAUGAAGUGGAAGUUAUAUAACUGAUAGCUAUGUUUGUUAUUUCGUUCUAUUAUUUAUUGUGCACUUCUAUCAGUAAAAACCUCUACAUUAAAUAGUAUUUGGAUUUCAGUGAAAUAUUUAGAAAAUUUUAAACUAUCUAAUUGAUUUUUAACUUUUAUCCAUUUUGUUAUCUGUUGAAUAAUUUCCGUAGCAAACCAUGGACUUUGUCAUAUUUUAUGAAGGAAAGUCAUAUUGCAUUUACAUUACUUCUUCUUUUAACGCUUUUAUAUCAAUUUGAAGAAAAAAAAUUAAAUAUUUUACUUUUUAGCUCACCUGGCCCGCAGGGCCAAGUGAGCUUUUCUCAACACUUGGCGUCCGUCGACCGUCGUCGUCCGUCGUCGUUAACUUUUACAAAAAUAUGCUCCUCUAAAACUACUGAGACAAAUUUAACCAAACUUGGCCACAAUCAUCAUAAGGGUAUCUAGUUUAAAAAAUGUGUCCGAUGACCCGGCCCGCCAACCAAGAUGGCCGACAUGGUUAAAAAUAGAACAUAGGGGUAAAAUGCAGAUUUUGGCUGAUAUCUCUGAAACUAAAGCAUUCAGAGCAAAUCUGACAUGAGUCUUAAUGUUCAUCAGGUUAGGAUCUGUCUGCCCUGACAUUUUCAGACAAAUCAGACAACCCGUAGUUGGGUUGCUGUCCCUGAAUUGGUAAUUUUAAGGACAUUUUGCAGUUGUUGGUUAUUAUCUUGAAUAUUAUUAUAGAUAGAGAUAAACUGUAAACAGCAAUAAUGUUCAGCAAAGUAAGAUCUACAAAUAAGUCAAAUGAUCAAAAUGGUCAAUUGACCCCUUAAGGAUUUAUUGCCCUUUAUAGUCAAUUUUUAACAAUUUUUUGUAAAUUUUUGUAAUCUUUUAGCGUAAUCCUCUACUGAGACAAAUUUAACCAAACUUGGACACAAUCAUCAUUAGGGUAUGUAGUUUAAAAAAUGUGUCCCAUGACCCCGCCUGCCAUCUAAGAUGUCAGGGAUGGCUAAAAAUAUGACAUAGGGGUAAUAUGCAAGUUUUGUCUAUUUUUUUUUAACCGUUAUAAAUAGAGAAAAUCUGAAAGGAGCAAAAAUGUUAAGAAUUAUGAGCUCUACCAAUUGUCCAUAUAUGUCAAAACUGUUAGACAAAUUUUUAUAGGAGUUAUUGCCCAUAAAUGACAAAUUUUACCAUUUUUUUUUCAUUUUUGCCGUUCACCAUGUUAACUAUGAUAUUUAGAGAGAAACAUGUUUCUUUUUCCUGUUAUGCCUUAUAUGAUUUAAAUUAUAAUAGAUAAAUAAACACUUUAAAUCACAAAAAUGAUCAGCAAGGCAAGAUCCAUUAAAAAGUCAACUUUUUCGGAUAUAGUUAGUAGACUGUCACUCUUCAUAGGAGUGAUUGCCCUUAAAUGAGGAUUUCUUUUACCCUCUUUUGUGUUUUGAGCAAAAACUAAAGAAAAUAGAGAGAAACUAAACAGACUAAAAGAUCAGUAUUAUAAGAUCAACAAAAUAGAGAUUUUCGUCAUGAAGUCUAUUCUCGUCUACAAUAUGUUGGAGAGUGCCCUUUGUUUGAUAUAUAUGCACAUAGACCAAGGUGAGCGACACAAGCGCUUUAGAGCCUCUAGUUUACUUCCUUAGGAGUUAUUUUGUCAUGUUGAAAAGCCAAUCCAUACGUUUUUCUUAAAAAUGAAUAAUAAUCUAAAUUUUAAAGGUGCCGAAUAGAGUCAGAUGUCUUCAGUGUCGAUGUAACUGACAUAGAAAAGAUACAAGAUUAUUAUGUUGUUGUAACAUGUUAUGGGUUAUUAUAUAAACAGACUUCAUUCAAGUUUAGAUCUGUCGCAAUUAUUCUAUGGACAACAAAAAAUCAUCACACGAUGUAAUUGUUUAAAAUUUUAUUGGAAUGUUUUACUUUUUAAUCGUCCAUGUUUUUUAUUUUUAUUCGCUUAAUGUUUCAAAACGUUUUAUCACUCAGUCAGUAUAGUAAGACAUCACAAAUGUUCAAUUCCUUUAUCUUUCGUGCAGUCAGUAUCUAUAUAUUCAUCGUUGCUGUCAAUAUCAAUAUAUUCAACAUUAAUGCCUGUUUGUUAAAAAAUUUGUACAUAAGUUAGCGUGUCCAGAUGCAUAUUUUUUAAAGUUGUCUGUCAAAGUUUUCCUGUUUAGAUAAAUAUUUUUCUGUCACAGUUUUCUUGUCAAGAUAAAUAGUUUUUUUUAAGGAUACCUUAACAGAUAACGUUAAGACUAUUAUGUAAUUUACAGGAAAGUUUUCAAAGUCAUUUUUCUCUAUAAAGAUAAUGAUUUUAAUUUAUACUUUGUUUUACUGAUAAUGACAUUUUAAAUUGUAUUAAGUAAUCUAGUAUUGUUUACAACUUACUUUGUUUAGUAUGCAUUUUAAGUACAUUCUUGUGGCUUUAUGUUCUAUUUCUUAAGAAAUAUGUGUCAGGGUUUUUAGAAGUAGUGUUAAUCAUAAAACGCUUUGUUAGAUUGUGAAUUUGCAAUUAUAAAGACUGAAUAUAACAUGAAUAGUCUAUUUUCAUUAGUUAAUUGAUUAACAGUUGAAAUAUAUAGCUAUGUAUGAUUUCAAAUGAUUGAAUUUGUAAACCCUUAAACAUUACUCAUUGUUAGAGGAUUUUUUUCUGAUUUUUUCGGACUUUGGAACUAUGUCAUUUUUCAGCCAAAUUUAUGAAAGAGGGUACCUAAUUUGUGUAAUCAACAUCUACAUUUUUUAACCCAGAUCCCUAAAACUUCACAAGAAGAUUGCACGUUUGUUAAAGUUGUGCACCUGCUAUUAUGGAAUUGCUUGAGGAUUAUUUUUCUCGUUUUUCCGGUCAUUUUUCAGUACAAUUUAUGAAAGAGGGUUUAUAACCUCAUUAGGUUUGCUAACUCUCUGUGGAGUUCUAAAUAAUUUAAUUAGAUGCAUAAAUUGUUACCAUCUUUGAAACUUUAGUUCCAUUAUGGAGUUGUUUAAAAAAGAAUUAUAUUUUUACAAUAUAUAUAUAUUUAUGUUUCAAUAUAUAUUUAAAUUUUUAGUAAAGACCCUUAUCCAUUGUAAAAGUAGCAAUCUGCGCAACCGGCCAUUUCAGUAUUCGAUCAUAUCUUUUUUUUAAAUAUUAAAACUCAUUUGGGAGUUUUUUCCAUUUAUAUCGAACAAAAUUAUAAAUAGAUUCAACUUCUAAACAGAAAAAAUAGAUAAAUAAUAUAAGUUCUACAAAUUGUUAAUAAUGACUGAAACCAUGGGAACUUACAACCUGAGUUGUCCUUUAAUAAUAAGUUUUUAAUUACUCGAAAGGUAUGAAAAUAGAUAGAUAGAUAGAUAGAAAAUGAAUAAAGCAAAAAUAAUCAGCAAUACAAGAUCUACAAACAUGUCAAUAUGACCAAAACCAUUGCAUUACUACUGAUGUUAUUGAUAAUAAAUGAGGAUUUGUUUCUA